AUGUCAUUUAGGCGAGAUGCCGAUAUACGAUAUGCAUUCGAACCAGUUAGAUGCAUUCGCACUAAGAACCGUGUACCCAUAUUAAGAACCCAAGACUUCGCAGUAGAGGCUAACAUUCACUCACGUAUUCCACUUACCGCCUCAUCCACGUAUUCCACCUGCCAUCUUGUAUUCUUCCUGCCGUCUUGUGUUCUAUCUUCCGUCUUGUAUUCUGUCUUCCGUCUUGUAUUCUGUCUUCCGUUUUGUCCUCUGUCUGUCGGUGUAUAUUCUACCUACCGCCUUUCUGCGUAUUGUUAG